UGCUGUUCGCACGCGUGAGCCGUGCACGCGGACGCGGCUUGGCUGUUGACGGCUCGCUCGCGCGAGCGAGCCAUGGUGCUCAAUGGCCGUUGCAAGGCCGAGGCUGUUGGCACUUCUUUGGCUGCUUCAGGAUGCAGGCGCUUCGGUGUGCUGCCCCGGCUGUUCGUGCGACCUGCACCUCGUAGAGGACUUGGAUGCGAUGAUGCAGGGCUUAGGCUACGACCGCUGUGUGGACGAUGGGCCUUGUGAGAAAUGCGGUGGUGUGGAGAUGCACGCCCCGUACUGCUCCACCGGGCAACGGCAGAAGGUGAUUUGCACUCGCUGCAGUGAUGAGAGCAUUUUGCCCUUCUGCCAGCCUGGGUACAGGAUCUUUUGGUCCUCCAACGAGAGUUCAAUGGACAAUCUGACCGCUCCGAGCGCGGGGCUUUUCCUGCGCAGCUGCCGCAAGGCACGCGAGCCAGAGGCCCCGAAGGCCCCAGAGGCCGAGGCCAUCCUUGAGCCAGCUCCGGAGCCAGUUGAGGCGGACACGCCGCCGCGCAAAGCGCCGGGCUUCCACUUUGGGGGCGACGGUGACGAAGGCUCUAUGGAGGUGCUGUACUUCCUUUGUGCCAACGCGCUGGUCUUGGCCGCUUCUG